GAUAGAUGACUUGGUGUCGAUCAGUGGCGAUUGAAUACCUUCCUAAAAAUUUAAAUUGUGAUUAGUUUUUGUUACUAAUAAAAAAUAAUUAAUACAGAUCAUAACUUGUCUAAAAUGGGUGAAAAGUCCGAGGUUGUGAAAAUUAAUAAAUGGGACGGUGCAGCAGCUAAAAAUGCUAUUGAUGAUGCGAUUAGGGAGGUGCUAACAGAUGAUCUGAAAUGCAAAGAAACCUAUGCAGUAAUUGAUGGACGUCUCUUUCUGUGUACUCUGGCUGUUGGUGUAGCUGGUUGUGCAUUGUUAUGGGACUAUUUCUACCCAUUUCCUCAGUCCAGGGAAGUUCUUAUUAUUUGUGUCUCUUUUUACUUCAUUUCAAUGGGAGUUCUCACUCUGUACACAACAUUCAAGGAAAGAGGCAUAUUUGUUGUUGCUAAAGAGAAAGUUGGAAACAUUUACAGAACAUGGGAAGCAAGUUCAUAUGUAAAAAAACAUGACGACAAGUACAAUUUGGUUAUAGUGAUGCGCGAUUCAAAUGGAAAAGUCCGAGAGGCCAACAUUACAAAAUCAUUUGCCAAUUUUAUUGACACAAACGGCACUAUCGUCCAAAACUUGGUUUUCAAUGAGAUCAACAAGCUCUACAAUUCACUUUCUUCUGAGAAAAAGGAGAAGUGAGUAUUCUUUCGCGUAUAUUUAUAAAGUUUAUUGUAAUCAAAAGAAUAAAUAAUAUUUUG